AUGUGGGAGAGCAAUUAUACGACACCAACUGAGUUCCUGCUUGUAGGAUUCACAGAUUAUCUACCCCUCAGAAUCACACUAUUCUUGUUAUUUCUCAUAGUAUAUACAUUAACUGUGGUGGGAAAUACGGGUUUAAUACUCCUAGUUAAUAUCAAUUCAAGCCUUCAAACCCCCAUGUAUUUUUUUCUCAGCCAUCUGUCUUUCUUAGACAUCAGCUAUUCUACAACAAUCGCUCCUAAAAUGCUGGAAAAUUUCUUAGCUUCCAGGAAUAGCAUCUCUCUCCGUGGCUGUGCGCUACAAAUGUUUUUCUUUGCCUGUUUUGCUGACGCUGAGUGCCUCAUCCUGGCAGCAAUGGCAUAUGACCGUUACGCAGCCAUUUGUAAGCCCCUGCUCUAUCCUAUAUGCAUGUCUAGGAGAGUCUGUGUCUGCUUCAUCGUACUAGCCUACUUCAGUGGAAUUAUGACUUCGAUGGUCCAUGUCUGCCUCACGUUCAGGCUGCCAUUCUGUGGCUCCAAUAUUGUCAACCAUUUUUUCUGUGAUAUCCCACCUCUCCUGACUUUAUCAUGUGCAGACACCCAUAUCAAUGAGCUUCUGCUCUUUGCCUUGUGUGGUUUCAUCCAGACCAGCACUUUCGUGGUCAUAUUUAUCUCUUACUUCUGCAUCCUCCUCACUGUUCUGAGCAUCAAGUCCGCAGACGGCAGAGGCAAAACCUUCUCCACCUGUGCUUCCCACCUCACAGCAGUCACCUUGUUCUACGGAGCACUCCUGUUCACGUACCUCCGUCCCAGCACCAGCUAUUCCCCAGACGCUGAUAAGGUAGUUGCCGUAUUUUAUACUGUUGUCUUUCCCAUGUUUAAUCCAAUGAUCUACAGCUUCAGAAACAAGGAUGUAAAAAAUGCCCUCAAAAAAUUAGUUGAAACUGGACUCCCAAAUGAAUGA